AUGAGUUUUGGUGAAAAAUUUCUUGAUAUUUUUUCGAAAAGAAAAACAUCACAAUCAAAAUCAGAAAUUUCAUCACCUUUAAAUGUUACUAAAAAUUUUCAUGUUUCUUACGAUUCACAAACAAACACGUUUCAUGGUUUACCAUUAGAAUGGGAACAACAAGUGAAAAGUUUAUUUUCACAUUCAAGACCUGAAGAGAAAGCUCGUGUUAUGACAUGUGCACUUAAAGUUAUUCAACAGACACUUCGAGAAAAUCAUAAUCACACAAAACAUUUACAUAUUCAAGAUUCAUGUCAUUCAGAUGGCUUAUCUUAUGAGUCAGGAGAUGAAUUAAGUGAAACAGAAAGUGAUCUCGGAUACACACAAGAAAAGUUAUAUCUUAAUAGUUCAUCUUCAUCAUUACCGAAGAAAGAUGAAUCUGCUAAUCGUCCAGGUGCUAAAAAAUAUAAUCCUGGUGUAGCGCCGCUAUAUGUGAAUAUUAGUUCAAGUGAUAAUUUUGUUCAAGAGCUCAAGCGUGCUACAAUUCUCCGUCAAAAGAAUUUAAAUCUGAAUACUGGAAAAUCUGAUGAUGACGAUGAUGAUAAUCAUUCACCUAAAUUCAUGACACCAUCAAAUUCACGUCCUGAUACUCCUACUUAUCUUCAAAAUAGACAAGGAAAUACAAACAAACAUAUAUAUCAAGAUAAUCGUGAUACACUUAUUAAUGAGGAUAUAAAUGCCAAUGAAUAUUUAUCUACAUCAAUGUCUUCAAAUUCAUCAAAACAAACACCGACUGUCCCUACCCCUUUUGCAUCUUCUCUUCCAGUACGUCAUCAUUCUAAUAGUGAUAUUAUAUCAAAAAAUAAUAUCAAUGGAAAAGAACAUAAAAAAAGUGAUCAACCACCAGAAUUACCACCUAAAACAGCACGAGUGAUAGCUGCAACUGCCAAAUUAUUAUCAUCUAAUAAUGCUACUAAAAGUCCAGCUAUUAAUAUAGAUAAUCAUUCUCCUGUAACAUCUACAUCACAACCUGUAAGUUCAUCAAAUGAAUUACAACCAGUUCAUCGACUAAAAUCAAAAAACAAUAGAAGAAAAAUGACAGAAGCAGAAGCAAUUAAAGAACUUGAACCGAUAGCCGGAAAAGAUGAUCCAAUGUCAAGAUUUAUUAUACAGAAAAAAAUUGGUUCAGGAGCAGCAGGUGAUGUUGAUUUAGCUAUUGAUACAAAAACAAAUACAAAGAUAGCUAUUAAACGAAUGCUUUGGUCAAAACAACCAAGAAAAGAAUUAAUUGUUGGUGAAAUUCUUGUCAUGAAAAAUUGUCGAUUUCGUUCUAUAGUUAAUUUUCUUGAUUGUUAUUUAAGACCAAAUGAAUUGUGGAUUGUAAUGGAAUAUAUGAAUGGUGGACAAUUAACACAAAUUGUUGAACAAACAGUUCUUGAUGAAGGUCAAAUGGCAGCUGUUACAAAAGAAUGUCUUGAAGCAUUACAAUUUCUUCAUAGUAAAAAUAUUAUUCACCGUGAUGUUAAAUCAGACAAUGUACUUGUUGGUUUCGAUGGUUCAGUCAAAUUAACGGAUUUUGGCUUUUGUGCUCAAUUAGCUAGUACUGAAAGUUUACGAACGACUAUGGUUGGUACUCCUUAUUGGAUGUCACCAGAAGUAAUUAAAAAACUAAAAUAUGAUCGAAAAGUUGAUAUUUGGUCAUUAGGUAUUCUAGUGAUUGAAAUGAUUGACGGUUCACCACCGUAUAUAAAUGAACAACCAUUUCGUGCUAUGUGUAAAAUAGCUAUGCAAGAAGAACCUCCAUCAAUAAGUGCUGAAUCCCAAGCACGUAUGUCAAAUGAUGCAAUGAAUUUUCUAAAACGUUGUCUAUCAAUUGAUCCUCAACAACGAGCCGAUACAGCUGAACUUCUUGGACAUCCAUUUAUUAAACGUGCUAAACCAUUGAAGUCACUUUGUCCAAACAUAAAAGCCGUUUGUAAUAGUGAUAUAGAUUAA